CUUAAAACCUUCGGGCUCCGUAAGAGUAAUGGCUAAACAAAGAACUCCAAUUGGCCAAAGUAAAAACUUUAAUGCAUCCACAUCUUAUCAACAUGAGCCAGCACAGAAUAAUAUCCUUGUACCUCCUGGUUUUGAUCAAAUUGAAGAUGAUGUUUCCCUCUCUACAGAAGUUGAAGUGAUGCAAGAUACUCAGACAAACGAAACAAUUGUAGGUCCUCGUGAAUCUGAGAAAGCAAAAAAGGUGAGAGGAAAGAACAUUUGUAAAAAUGUUGCAAGACUCAAACCUGGAGAAAGGUUGAGCGUCACUUUUUACCAGAAUCGAACUGUUGGGAAGCAUGCUACCUCGUUUAUGAGACACUUGGGUAUUUUAGUUCGUGAUCGUAAUAUGUGCCCAUUGCGGGUACACUCCUGGAAGGACAUCGAAGAAGAUAAGCUAGAACACAUGUGGAAUGCUGUUACUGAUAAAUUUGUCUGUGACAACAUGAAUGAUCAAAAAGAACAUGUCUUACAACAUAUGAGAAGGUUAUGGAAUAACUGGAGAGGAUCACUGCACAAUAAUAUGAAGUCUAAGCCAUUCCGCGAUGCUCUAAAAGAUGUACCAAGGGAGAUAAACGAGAAUGAUUGGGAAUGGCUGGUUAAGGAGCAUUUCUUAAGUGACAAGUUUAAGGAAACAAGUACAAGAAACUCCGUCAAUAGGUCUAAGUUGAGAAUGCCUCAUCGUACGGGUAGUAAGCCUAUUAGACAGAUUACAUAUGAACUGGGAGGUAAAGAUGGUAAACCACCAAGCAUGGAUACUAUGUUCUUCCAAACUCGUAAGAAGGAUAACAAGCUUGUCGAACCUGAAACAAUUGCAAAAUAUGCUGAAAUCCAAAAAUUGGUUCAAUCUGAUUCGUCAUUUACAAAUAUUGAAGUCGUAGAAAAGUGCUUUGGACCUCAACGUAAGAGUCAUGUAGUUGGAUUUGGUGGUGGGAUAACCGCUAAAGAGUUGUAAGGUGGUAACUCUUCAAAGGCUGCCUUGUUAGAUAAGUUGAAUGCAAGUGAAAAAGAAAAUGAAUCACUAUAAAGACGCAUGGAUGAGUUAGAGAAUUAAUGUGAACGCAUGGAUGAGCUAGAGAGUAAAUAUGAACGGCUUGCAAGUGCAGUGUUUGGUCAGCCUUCAUCACCAUCAUCUUCAAAUGAUCAAUAGAUUGAAUCAUUUAACAGCUCAAGAAUUUGACGGAUGAAGAGUCUAUCGUUCAAGAAAGGAGCAACUUGAAGUACAAGGCGACUUUUAUAAUAUUAGGGGUGGUUUACAGACAAUGUCUUAUGUAGAAAUACUGCAAUUUUUAUCUUUU